AUGCCCAGCGCGCUUAACGGUGUCAGCGCCCGCGGCGGCAACACCAGGACCGGCGGUGGUGCGCCUCGGCGUGCGUCGGGCUCCGAGACGAUAGGUCGGCGUGUCCUCGCGGACAUUGAGUGGUGGCGCGUCGAUGGGAACCCAGGCGCGGUCGACGUGAUGGAUGGCGUCGACGAGAACCUCGCGACGAUCCCUGACGAGCCACAAGCGGCCCAGGACACGCAGACGGAGGAUGCGCAGGCCCGCAUGCAGCCCGCUGUCGGGUUUGCGCCUGGAGGAGAUUCCCAUAUCGUCGCGACUACCGCGCAGUUUGCGACACUCUCCAUUACGCCCCACACUCCGGCGCGUCGCCACGGGCAAGAUGGAUCGUUCUCGUCCGUGGAGUCGACCCCAGAGAGGCGUGACAGGGAUGACGACGUCGACAUGGCGGAUGGCACCUCCACCGAACCGGAGGAUAGCCUCCCCAUGCCGUUCGUGCUUCCCCCAGCCCCCGAACGUGCCGUGCGCGCACCUAUACUUGUAGCCCGCGCCCACUCGUUCGCAGACGUGUUCUCGCUGCAUCACGACUAUGACGAACACGACAUGGACGACCCCUUCGUCCUCGACUGGACCGUGUCUCCCCUAUCGUCGGUCUGCACGCAAUUCCUCGACUAA